AUGCUUAAUCCAUCCAUUGUCUGUGUCGACAUGGGAAACAGCAAUCUAAGGUUAGUAUUGGCUCGUAACACAGGACCGUCGCUGUGUCAACUAGGUACUGCUGGUCGCCUCUUGCAAACUGCAGUAAGAUUCACUGAUAAUGGUAGAGUUUAUGGCAGUGAGGCCGCUGCUGCAUUGGUUCAUCACCACGAGUCAGUGUAUACAGCUGCGCCUUUCGUGGCCGCUGAAGACGCUUCUUUUUUACGUACGUCCCGAUUUUUGCGUUUUUGUUCAUAUAUUGGGGGAACCUUUACUGAAGCCUCAGAUCAUACACUUGGAAUAGCCAUUAAUAAGCUCACUUGUCCCUCUGAGUUUCUCCUUCUGUCAUUAUUGUCCCAUGCUUUGGACCUCGUUGCAGAAGAAUCCCACAAUUCAGACAGCAUUGUUCUCACAUAUCAGCCAUAUUGGCGGCUUCACAAGCUUCGUCGCCUUAUUGUAACAACAGAAGCCCUUGGAAAGAAAUGUCUUGGGAUGUUUUCCUCCCAUUUGGCCUUGGGUGCUAACAGUCUGAUUACGCUUAUGCAAAAGAAUAAGGAUCGCUUGAAUAACGAAAAUAUCCUUGUGGGCCUCAUAGAUGUCGGGGAAUUCUCUUCAUUCUGUGCUAUUUAUAGACUCGGGCCUACGUUGUUGGAAACAAUCUACAUUAAUUACCAGACAGAGCUUGGUGCACGAGACUUUGACAUCUGUCUUUGCGACAUUUUUCUCAAGCGGUUAUUGAAUUCACCGCAACGGCAUCUUUACAGCGAAUUCCAGUUUGAAAACCCCAGUGGUCCUGCGAAAAAGCUCGCCCUCCGCCUUUUCUUAGCUGCUAGAGAAGCCAAGAAAAUCCUUACAGUGAACAGAUCUGCGGUAAUGACCGUGGAGGGUGUUGGAGAGAUGGCCGAGACAAUCUCGUUUGGGGUAAGCCUUGCGGAGUUUGAGGAUUCUGCAAAGCAUUUAUGUGCAGAAAUAGCACACCUAGCCUCGACAAACAUAUUCAGAGACGUGUCCAUGUUGCAGUUCACCGGCGGCGGGAGCCGCAUUCCAUGCCUUAGAUCUGCAGUAAUGCGGGUAGUCGAGGAGAAGGCAAGGCCAGGUUACACCAUUCAGAUAGACAAAACAGUUAAUCCAGAUACUGCUUUAGCUGAGGGAGCUGCUUGGCUUGCGAUACUAACGCUAGACAAAUUCCCUAGAAAAGUUAGCUACACUAUACGGGACGUUUGCUUCCAUAACAUUCUCUUAGAUUGUGUGUCUGCUGAUGAGACUCAGCAAUAUUGUAUGGGAACAUAUGUGUUUUCCGCAGGAGAUCACUUCCCAGACCAAAAGUCAGUAAUGGUUAAAGUUGCCAGUGAUGCUGCUUUCUUGGCUCGUAUCCAUAGUGAUAGUAAAGAGAUCCUAGCAGAAUUUAAAAUCGUUGUUCCACGAUUGAGUAGCUUCCAUGGGUCGAAACUUGUUACUGUAGCUUUGGUGUUUCAACUAUCGUUUUCCCGUGAGAUUACCCUAGAAUCUAUCUGUGUUGAUGAUAAGCAUAUUAAGGAGAUAACACGUACACAACCGGACAUUGGUUACUUUGAGGCCUUCAGAAAGGAUCUAGAACACAUAAAUAAUAAUCUUGUAACAUUAGAAAGAACUGCUCUACGGCGUAGUCAGAUGCGUAACUCAUUAGAGGAGAAACUGUAUAAAAUCGCCAACUCUGUCAUCGAAGAAGGCCCUUCGAAAGAACUUGUCUCUCAGCUCCUUGCUAAGCUGGGAGACUCGACACCGACAGAAAAGGAGCUACUGGACAUGGCAAGGCAGAUUGAUGAGCUAGAACAAUCCGUGACUAAGAGUAAGUGCUAG